AUGGCCAGCUGGGUGUUCUGUAAUGGCUGCUUCCAGCCGCCCGGCCGGGCCUCGCGCUUCAGCCUCACCAGCUGCGGCCACGUGUACUGCGAGGGCUGCCUGAGCAGAGACGGACCCAGGGAUCCAGGCGCUGUUUGUGGGCAUAGACGGCCUGUGCAAGAAGUACUCCAAGGAGACCUCCCAGACUCCCAGGGGCCUGGAUGCCCCAGCACACGGCCUGGGCACAAGGCAACAGCCAAGCAGGGACAUGGACCGACUUCGUUGCACAUCCCCAGGGGCCUCUCGGGCCAGGUCCCCGGGACCCAGAAGCUACGGUGA